AUGCGAUCAAGUGUAGCCGAACCGAAAACACUCCUAAUUAGUCGUGGUCCCGUUACCCGCCAAUUACCCUCUAAUGGGAACUUCAUUAUCGACCUAAGUCAUAUCGACGGAUGUCGUACAGUGCGCCGCAGUGUCGCCACCGCGCACAAGCGACUGCGCACUCUAUCGCGCAGUGUUAGGGCUCGGAAUCGUUUCCGCGUCGACGGCCGCGGUGGGACGCGACCGGCGGCGGGACCUGUCGGUGUAAUGAGGUCUGGUUGUUUGAGCCGAUCUGGAGAUCGUUUAGGACGGUCGCUGGCAUUCGAACUGUUCCGUGAGAAGACGCUG